AUGGCCGAUGGCACUUAUGAGGUAAGUAUGGCAAGUUCUCAUUUAAAAUUUCGAUAUAUCGUGUCUUCCAUAUCGACCCAUCUUAGAAUAACAUUUGUUAUACGGGCAUUGAUAUCUAGAGAUUUAUCGGAAAAGAUCCUUGGUGGAUAGUAAGGCACCUGUUUCCUUGUAUUUUGAAUUCUUCCAAGUUCAUUCAUUUGUUGUAAACGAAUUUUCGUUUGAGAGGGAAAAUCUUCCACGUGGAUGAAUUGGUGCUCAAAAAAACGUUUUGUUUGUCACUUUCGCUUCGAUUAUUCAGGUGAUUGUGCAAAAUUAUGUAAAGUAAGAUUUCCAGUUGUAGUUUCCGAAAUUGAUUACAUUGCACAUCGUAAAAUGUCUUUGUUUCCCAUGGUCUGAAUGAAUUUCGCAUGUGUAAUUUUCUUUUGAUUGCUAUUAGCUCAACUUUUACCAUGCCAUGUCACAUAGAGGAAAAGCAUCGGAUUUAUUCAAUUAUAUCUAAAAUCACGCUAUAGAAGGAAACAUUGUACAUAAAUCAAGGAAACGAGAUGUUCAUUUCUUGUACACGUUGCCUUAUUUGUUUAGGUUGACAAGGUAAUAGGAAGACGAAGAACACAAUCUGGAAAGGAAGAAUUUCUGGUUCACUGGAAAAAUUACGACUCUCUUUACAGCACUUGGGAACCCAUUGAGAAUUUAAGUCCUUGCCUUCACACUGUAACAGAGUUUAUGGCCAAAGCAUUUCCAAUGCCAGGUAAAUAUUAACAAGAUUUAUUAUGUACCCUGUUUGCUUUGUUGUUUUGUGGUCCCUCUACAGAUCUUGUAGCAGUACCUGAUAGUUAAUUUUCUGUAAAUAUUGGUGACUUUCAUGAUGAGUGUGCUCUUGUUUAAAAAGUCUGCAUUGAACCUCUUGAGAAUAAUACACGAUCAACAUUGUAGUAUUUAGGUACAAAAAAAAAAAAAACAAAGGUUUAGAUGAAACUUCUUACACUUGCAGCUCAGAAGUUAAGUGAACGGAUAACAGAUAUGAUAGAAAUUAUCAAGUAGAACUAAGUUAAAAUAAAUAAAAAACUUGCACUGAGAAAUAUCUUGUCUUAGAUCUUGAGGGUGGGAAUAUUUCUUUCGUCCAGCAUAAUAUUAAUUUGUUUGGGAUUAUACCUUAAUCACCUACUUACUCAUCUCUGUACGCAUCAUGAUAAUUUUUGAAAAGAGUGUGUCGUGCAUAAACACAAUUUUUUUGUCAGGAAUAAAUGCUGCCUUUGUUACUCAUUUGGAGUCUAAACAUCCAGAGAUGCGACAGCUUAGAAAGGUCACUGAUAUUGAUAAGAGAAAGCUAAGAAGUCUUCAAAACAAGGAAAUGGUUGAUGAGAUUUUGAAAGUCAAAAAUAUGAGCCAAGAACUUAAAAAGUAUCAAAGAGGGCGUGGAAGAGGAAGAAAAAGAUCACAGCUCAGUGAUCCAUGUGAAUUGUUCACCCAAGAAGCCAAAAAGGUUCGACCAGGGCCACACAAUGGACAGAUCAUUGAUCAAACUGUUUUCUCAGGACUUGCUUGCAAAAGUCCUGGAGGAACUUCUCCUAAGAAAGGAGAAAAAAAGUCCCCAGGAAAGAGGGGAAAGAAUGGUUUGACUUGCCCUCUUAUGGAUGGUCUUGAUGAUGAUGAAGUUUUAAGGUUGACCCGUACAACGCGGAAACAUGGUGUACUGGAUGAGUGUGUGUCUGUCCUUAAAGAAGGGAGGGUAUGGAAAAUAACUUUGUGCAGUGAAAGAAAGAAAAAUGCCCUGACAACAGAGGUGGGAUAUGUUACAACCUAUUGAUAAAACAAAGCUAAUCACAGGGUUUGAUCCAGGCCACACCAUUGUGCCAAUCCCGUACUGCAGUUGAAAUUGUCCCUUUAAAAAAAACAGCCAAAGGAACAAUUUUCCCCCUUCAAUAUUUGGGGGAAAAACUUGAAAGGAAGCACACACAAAGAGUUUUAUUUCAGUACAGAAAUUGCAAGCUAAAACAGCAUGGAAAGUGUAUUUUAUCACAUGUUUAAAGAUCAUUCAAAAGUCAUGUUUCACAUACAUCUCAUGCUCAACCAAGCAUAGUGAACUCACCUGGCGAUCUUUACUGCACUUUUCACAAACAUGCAAACUCCAAAGUUCUAAAGCCAACUUCUCAAUUGCGUUAUUUGCUGCCAUCAAAUUUAAUUACAAUCACAAGUAACGAACCUUGAAAUACAGAAACACAAAAAACAGAUUGAAAUCCACCAAUCACAAACCAUGACCUUUUGAACCCAUUAAAGUAAAGUUUUGUUUCCUAAGAGGUCCAUUAAGAUGAUUGACGGCAACGAAAAACGCAGCCAGAUAAUUUCAGUUGCAGUGCGAGAUUGGCGCAAUGGUGCUGCUUGGCUUGUACAAAGCUCAAGCCUGUGAGCCAUGCAGUGGAUAGACACAAUAAAUGGACUAUCGGCCUUCAUUCAUUUUGAAACUCCAUUGUUUUUCCUGUCAUGACACUCGGUCCAUCACCGCUGAAUCCUGUCAUUUUGUCUUUGUGCAAGUUUCUCCUUUCCAUUAGCAAGCAGUGGUAAUAGUUUCAGCCUUUCCAUUCCAAACUUUGAUGUUUUCUAAAAAGUGCAGUUCUGUUUUAAAUUAAUUCAAUACUUUAACAUAAACAACAAGAUUUUCAUGAUUAAUGACAUCUGUUGAUUCAUCAAUUAACAGAGAAAAGGAUAGGCUGGCUUCUACGUGUUUGUCAAUGUUAGACUUCAGAACAGUAGCAAUAGCGUCUUGCAUACCUGUGGCACUUUGAUGAGAUUGAUAGAUAGUAUUUCCUCCCACUCAAAGAUUCUUAACAAUUUCAAGGCCAACUUCAUCUGGGAAAUUGAGCAGUGAGUUGUACUUGACUGUUGCUAUAUCCUCCUUGGCCAGCCAGUAGACAGCUCUCAUUGCUGUGAGGAUCGCUUGUGAUUGUGCUUUGUUGAAUGUAUCCCUCAUAGCUUCUUCAUUAAUAGCAUCCUUGUGUUCUUUACAGUCUAUAUGUCUUUGCAGAGUUGGGGUUCUAAAAUUUGUACACCCUUCUGCCGAUGCAAAGGGGUUUGUCUUCUUAGAUUUCUGACAAAUAUAGCAGAACAUCUCCUCCUUUUCAUAGUUCAAACAUUUUUGAUGUGACUUGUUACUGUGCUUUUUACAAACAUGUGAAUUUUGAAGUUCAAAAGCCAACUGACGAUUGCGUUUUUUGCUGCUCUCAAUCAUCUUAACAGACCUCUUAGGAAUCAAAACUUCACUUUAACAGCUACAACCAAUAGAAGAAUUAGUAUGUGUAUGUCUAUCAGUAAUUAAGAAAGGAAUUGAAGUUUACAAGGAGAUGCUAGGACAAGAUUCUGCUGUGAAAUGUUUUGAAGUAUAAAGCAUAGUCAUUGAUCCUCUGAUUAAGUCUUGACACCAAUAACUUAACUUCUCUUUGUUUGUGUCACUUUUCUUGUAUUAUAAGGAUCAGGUAAAAAAUGUUUUUGUUGGCUUCUCAUAUUUUUACUCCUGAUGCCCCUGGUGCUUCUUAGGCCCAGUGGGUAGCUUUUUGAUACUUACAAUAUGGGCGUGGCCUUCCUAAUCCCUGUUUAAGCAGAGUCUUAUACAGAAAAAAGGGGUUCCUUUUUAGGUUUUAUCAUGGUUUAAACCUUUUAUUCUAUUGCAACCAAUUCCUAACUUUUGGCACAUAGAGAACUUGUAUUAUAUGAAACCACAUUAGGCUAAAGCUGUGUAACUAUUAGCCAGCCCUUUAUCUUUAAUAACUUUUAUGUGAAGUGCUUUCACACAUUCAAUGAUUUGGUGUAAGUCCUGAAUAAACAUAAGGCUUGAUAUAUUUCUUCAUCCUUAUCCAAUGAAUGCUGUGAAGAUAGACAUGUACCAACAAAAAUGGUUGCAUCUUUUAUUUUCCUAUCCUUAGAUGUGUGAUCAGUUUGCUGGCUUUCUUCAUGAAGCAUCAAAAGAUGAUGUUGUUAGUGUAGUCAUACUGACAGGUGCAGGAAACAGUUUCUGUAGUGGUCUGGAUUACCAGCAUCUAAUAACAACACAUAAUCGACUGGAAGCAAAAAGAAUGGUUGAGAAAUUCAAGUAAGGAAUGUUGAAACGUUGAAAUGUUAACGGGUGCAAGAUAAGGUUGAAAGAAUGAGGGGGCCUGGAUGCAACAACGAGGGUGCAAGAAACACAAAAGAGAAUGUCAUUUAAUUCAAAAAUACAUACAAAGUUUCUAUUCUAUACAAGAGUAGAUAAAAGUCAUUAUUGAGUGUUUAUGAACACUAACUUACACCCUAGUGUGUGUCUUUGAAAAUAUGUAUAUAUGAAUCAGCCACAUCCUCUGUGUGGACAGAAGGUAGUGAUUGCUCUUGGCUUUGACUUUUGAUUGGAAGAAACAUGUGGCUUCUAAACUCACAGUACUCUGAGAGUGGGAAAGUCAUGGAGUUAUGUAUCUUAUGGGCAUUACAUUAAAUCUUUUGCUUCUAAGCAUUUGUGGUGUACCUUUGUGGUAUAUAACUCUACACAGCCAUGCCAGCCUUACUUCUUAUUCUUAAUAGAAGCAGUUUGGCAGGGGUAUAGUCCAUUAUGGAGCAUUCAAUUUUUUAUUAAUUUAUUAUUUUUUUCAACAGACUAUUGGUAGAACUGUUAAUCAGUUUCCCAAAGGUUCUUGUAGCUGCUGUAAAUGGCAAUGCAUUAGGAUUUGGUACAGCACUCCUCAGUUUGUGUGACAUAGUGUAUGCCAGCAACAAGGUUUGUCACAUAUAAUCCACAUUGCCUUAAGAGUCUUAAAGCCUUGUAUUUUUCAUUUUUUUAUAUUAUCUUAGUUUAAAGCUGAAAUAGUUGUGGUUUAAAUUUUUUCCUGGAGUUAGGGGCCCUUGCCACUAUCUCAUUGCUGCAGUACACAGUUACCACACAAAAAAAAAUUUUCUUACUUAUAUUGAACUGUUUUCAAUAGAAUCCUAAGAACAAUGAUUAUUUAAAGCCAAUCUUUCUGACAGUAUUUUUCCUUUUUUUUCAGGCUUCUUUUCAGACAUGUUUCACCAAAUGGGGUCAUCCACCAAUUGGUUGCUUGUCUUCACUUUUACCCUCCCUACUGGGAAAAACUGGGGUAGGUGCUUUAACUUGAUUGUCAAAACCAAUAAAAAAAUUCUGCAACUUUGAUCUGUAUGAUAUUUUAAAUGUACAUAGAUUACUCUUGUAAUUAGAGUUCAGAUCUUUAAAUUCUCUAAACUUUUCAUAUUGUCCUUCAGUUGGAUUUGAAAUGACAAAAAAAUUCCAGUGAGGCCUUCAGCUACUUCAAAAUUAUAAUAAGUUUCCAAGCUUUGGCUGAUAUAAGGGAUCAUUCUUCCCUGAUGAUGCUGGUUAUUGUCAAAAGUGUAGAUACUUAUUUCUUAUUUUUACAUUAGCUUAAAGCCUUACUGGAAACUAAUAUUAAUAUCAUUUUAAUUCUCUGUUUCCAAGUUCAAGUUAUAUAGAACUCUCACAAUGGAGGCAGCCAACAAGAUUUUUUUUUUAUUUUAUCUGAUUAUAUAUCUACUUAUUGUACCACAACUUUUACUAAUCAGCUCUGUUUCUUGCAGGGAUUGUCAAUGCUGUUAUUGAAUCAAAAGAUGACUGCCACCCAAGCAUGGGAAAAGGGACUUGUGAUGGAAGUUUUCAAACCAGAUAACUUCUUGGAACAGGUUGACAACAGAGUUAAAGUAAUGGCUGCUAUGUCAAAUAAGGUAAAUACUUAAGUUAUGUGCCACAUAAAGUGGAACCAAUGUGCCAAUGACCUAGCUUUUAUUUUCAAUCAUUUCAAGAAUUUUACAUUGUAUCAAGAUCAUAUUCUCUACACCUUUCACCAGGGGUUAAAAUUAGCUUCAUUAUAUGGCUUCUAAGUGAUGAGUGAAUAUUAUUUUCCCAGUAUCUGAAAUUAAAAUAUGUGAGGUUUCAAUUAAAGAAGUUUUUUUACUUAAAAUAUAUUCCUAUUUGUGAACAAUAAGCAGUAGGGUCUGUGCUCGAGAUUGCAACAGAUGUGGGCACCAGUGGGACUUAAAUUUUCUGGCUGGCAACUAAAAUUCCUUGUCUAGUCUCUACACCUUGAGUGGAGACCUAUCAUACCCUUACCUUUUUGAGUCCCAAAGAAGAGCCAAACCUCAGAACUUUGAAUCUUUGUAGUUAGGGGCUGUACAAACCCUUGCUUCAAGGAACUUAUUGAUAAACAACAAAACCUGCUGUUCUCUCCCCAAAAGUAAUGCAGUGCCAACUGUUAAACAGUUGACACUGUCAUGGCCAAUCUUUCAGCUUGGCCAGGAAUGUACUAUGUACAUAACCUUUUGCAUGACAGCUGUUCAACAGUUUGCAUGGCAUUUUUUUGUCAUAAUAGCUCAAACUCUUUUCAACCAAGAUGCACUGCUUUUGUUGGGUCAAGAAAGGCAUAAAACUUCAAAUUCAAGGAUAAAGCUUUAAGAUGAUGUAUAUUAUGAUUUGUAAAUAUAUAUACCAGACCUUGUUAUAGGCCUUUUUCCAAGGGUCCUUUAGCAAAAUAAAAUGAAUUGCAAAAUUUUGCAGCUGUGGAUGGAUUCUCGAUAUUUAUGGUCAGUGGCUCUUGAUCCCACUUUUUUUAUUCAACCAAUUGGGUUACUUGUCUCCUUUUGACCUUGUUUGUCAAUUUUGAAAGUUCUCGAAGGUUACCAAAUCUAACUUAAUUAUUACUCUUUACAGAUUCUACAGGACACAAAAUCUCUCAUCAAGCAUUCCUACCAAGAGACACUUAGUGAUGCCAACAAUGAAGAAUGUAAAUUAUUUCUAAAAUAUCUUGGAGAUGAUAAAGUGUUAGACACUUUGAAAACAAACUGGCUUCCAGAUGUAGUUAUUACUUGA